AUGAAACGGAACGAGAUUACGUGUUUACUGGGGCACAACGGCGCGGGGAAAUCCACGUUGAUCAACUUGUUAACCGGAUUGCACCCCCCGACCCACGGCCACGCGUUCUUCGACGGAUUAUCAAUCGUGGAUGAGAUCGCGACGAUCCAAAGGAAAAUGGGGAUCUGCCCCCAGGACCAUAUAUUUUUCAGUGAUUUAACCGGGAGACAGCACCUGAAAUUCUGGAUGAUUUUUCGCGGGUAUCAAGAGAAGAAGGAUCCUCUACUUCGUGAUGCUGUAGUUGCCAAAGAAGAAGAUACCGUCGCCGAAAAGGAGGGCGAAAUCAUCGGCAAAGAGAAGGACAAGAAGAACGGGGGCACAAGAUCAAGACAGAACACUAUGGACGAAGAAGUCGAGAGGCUUUUGAAGGCGGUAAACCUCGAUUGGGCGGCUGAGAAGUUAGUGAAGAACUACAGUGGCGGGAUGCAGCGGAGACUUUGCGUCGCAAUCGCCUCCAUCGGGAAUUCCACGGAGGUGAUUUUCCUUGACGAACCUACCACUGGGUUAGACCCGGUGUCGAGACGGCAAAUUUGGGAUUUUAUCCAGGAAUUGAAGCGGGAUAGAGUCGUGGUUUUAACCACCCACAGCAUGGAGGAAGCCGAUUGUUUGGCCGAUCAAAUCGGGAUUCUGUCCCAGGGGAGGCUGAAGUGUCUAGGGACGAGUCUUGCGUUGAAAAACAAGUACGGGUCAGGGUUUCGGUUGACAUUUUCGUUAGACUUGACGAAAGGUUCGGCCCGGGAAGUGCGGAAGUUCGUGACGGAGAGACUUCCCGGCGCGAAGGUUUUGGUGUCUGCCGGGACUAAUUUGACGAUGGGGGUUAUCCCACGAAAAAACUGUUUCACUGUGAUGGUUUUGCAAGAUCUGCAUCACAAGUUUGUCACACAUGACACAGAAAAUUUGCCAUGCGCGUUUCCCAAGGGAAAAUACGCUUGAAAAUCCAAUGUCUUGCAGGUGUAGCAAGACAAAUAGUUCUGUGUUCCAUUUUCUGCAUUACAAGUUCACAGUGAGAAAAUUUUUUUUUGCGAUAGGGGUCCCACGGUCGUUGACUUCCAUCAUGCCGGACUUUCUGCACGCGAUCGAGGAAUUGGUCAAGGACAAAGAGAAUUCCAUCAUCAUCGAACACGGGAUUUCCAACUCCACUUUAGAAGAGGUGUUCAUGAACAUCACGCAAACGGUAUCCUGAGUAAAAACGUACCCACACCAUAGUUGUCAUGCAACUCUGCAUGCUUAAAAUGCUUCUCAUGCGGAGCCCCAUGAGAAGCAUUUUCUAAUGCGGUUUUGAAAUUUGUCAUGCUCCAAUCAGCACGAGAUACUAGAUCUGUAAUGCUGCUAAACUAGCUCAAACAGCACUACACUACGCGGACAAACUUGUCAUGCCAAACAGCCAAAGCUGGCUGAUUUGUCUAGCAGAUUCCCCAUCCUGACUCUGGUGUGGGUACGUUUUUACUCAGGAUAGACGGAAACACCGAGCAAUUUGUUCAUCAACAACCAAGACGACGGGUUCGGGCAGGCGAAAAUCUGCGUGUUGUGCUGCGCCAACGAAGCCAUCGCGGUGACUGCGUUUACGAAGGAGGGGGUGCCGUUUUUGGUUGACGGGGUGAUUUGCCGGUCUUGUGCCGAGGGGCUGCACGACCCGGAGAAGGUCAAGAAAGGGUUGAUGAAGGCAGUACCGAAUAACAGCUCGUUGCGAGGGCUCUUAGGAGGUGGAUCAGCUUCGGGGACGAGUGGCAAGGCGGGUGAUGCUGGGUUCUACAGUUUAGACGAACACGAAGGGCAAGAAAAAAAUAUUAAAACCGGUGAAGAACAAACCGCUGGCGCGGAAACGAGCGG